GUUAAGAUAAGGAACAAUUUAUUGUAUUAGUUACGCUACUUGCAUUUAAUGAUUUUAUUGGCCAGGAAUAUAAUGUUUAACCAUGCACUAGUAUACAGCUGCCUUAUAGUUGUCAUCGCAGGAAGUGAACCAUGCGCGGACCUGGACCCUAUGGGAUGCGCAAACAAUCCCAAUUUGUGCGAUGACCCCAUAUUAGCCAAGGACAUAUGCGCCAAUAGUUGUAAUCUGUGUCAAAUGCAUACAGCAACAACAACAACAGCAAAGUCUUUGACAACGACGACGACGACGACAACAAAAUCGCCGACGAUAUUAACUACAGAAAAACCAUCAACAACGAAAGAAUCGACUACCAAAUAUGGACAAGUGAUGGACGGGGGAUGGUCGGAGUGGUCUACUUCCGGGGCGUGCUCGAAGACAUGUGGGCAUGGUGCUCUGACACAGAGGCACCGGACUUGCACGAAUCCUUCUCCUGCAAAUGGCGGUAACACCUGUUCGGGGCCAAAUUUGAAGUUUUACAACUGCCCCUUUGUAAACUGUCCAGAUGCUGUCUUGGACGGAACAUGGAAAGAUUGGGGUAAAUGGUCGGAUUGUUUCGGACAGUGUGGUGUCGCAAAACGGUACCGAUUCAGGGAUUGCGUCACUUCCGUUAACAAUGGCACGUGCGCUGGGGAGAAAAUAGGUUCUACGCCAUGUUCUGACCCUUGCAAUGUCGUAUACACAACACUUCCACCAACAACAACAGCAUCUCCAACAACGACGACAACAACAAGGGCGACCACCACCUCAUCGAGUGCGUUCUGGAAGGAUUGGGAGGAAUGGUCGAAAUGUUUCGGACAAUGUGGUGUUGCAAAACGGUUCCGGUUCAGGGAUUGCGUCACUUCCGGUAACAAUGACACGUGCGUUGGGGAGAAAAUAGGUUCUACGCCAUGUUCGGACCCUUGCAAUGUUGUACAAACAACACUCCCACCACCACCAACAACAACAGCAGCUCCAGCAACGACGACAACAACAAUGGCGACCACCACAGAAAGUAUAAAGUGUCCGACAUCGUGGGUGAGGAGGGACGGCUCUUGUUAUUACUUCAGCACCACCCUUCAGAGUUGGGCCUCCGCUAAGGCCUACUGCAACUCCCAUGGGGCUGACCUCGUUAAAAUUGAUAAUAAGGCGGAACAGGAUUAUUUGGUGGCUGUGGUAUCACAGUUUGGAAUGGGUCUAUGGUGGACGAGCGGAAGGGCCGUGGGGCACACUCAUUACGUCUGGAAAUGGAAGGGCAAAGACAUUACAUUUACGUACAGCGACUGGGCGGUUGAGGGACAAUUCAAUACAGCUAAACAGUGCGUGGCCAUGUUUCAAGCAUACAGUUAUAAGUGGGUCAUUGGUCCAUGUGAGGAAGCCAUUGACUGGAUUUGCGAAAUGGAUUUUCCGACAACCGUGUCUGUAUUGAACACAACCCCAACUCCUUCGAUUCACCCCAGCCAACAUACACCAGGACAAACCACUUGUCCCGAAUCAUGGAUAAAACAUUUUUCUUCUUGUUACUACUUCGGGUUAAGCAAGCGAUCCUGGACGUCGAGCAAGACCUUCUGCAACAGCUUCCAUGGCGAUCUUGUCAAAAUAGAUAACGCUUAUGAGGACAACUAUCUGGUCAGCGUUCUUAGGCAUAGAGCAACAAGUAUUGCCUGGAUAGGUGGUAAGGCCACAGCGUUUGGCGGACACUUUGUUUGGAUGUGGGGAAACUCAGAAAUUCCGUUCAGAUACACGAACUGGUUGCCGGGUGAACCGAACGAUUAUCAUUUCACCGAUGCGUGCGCAGCUAUUCGGAAUUCGACCGCCGGUUACUAUUGGGAGGACGGGCGGUGUGUGAGCCUACAGAAUUUCAUAUGUGAAAUAUCUUUACACGAGGGCAUUAUCCUAAUCGGAUAAAGAUAGGGGGCGUUCAAGUGGGAUAAGUGGCUGCUUUUAACGACUUAUCCUUUUGCAUGUAUGAAAAUCAAAAUAAAGAAGUACUGCUUAAUCGAG